CGCUGCGCUGACGGCUCUCUUGCCGCGCCGCGCCGGGGACUCGAAGGGCACAACGACAACGUACGAUCUACCCCACAGAACGCACAACGGCAACGACACCGAGGACCGAUCUCAGCACCUCUCCUCUUUCAAAUCAGACGCUUGUCAUCGCGUCUGAACGCGUGUUCUUGUCAAUCUUUGUUUCCAACUGUGGACCAAUAAUACUCAAGCGGAUUCCAUGAUGGAUUUCUUGUCAUCUUUCUCACUCCCUUCCCUUGAUGUUGACAUACUGCCGCGGUGGUACUUGGCAGCCUUCUUCGUCUCAGGAUAUGUCAUCUACUACAUCUGCGAAGUGGCAAAAGUACCACAACUGGUUUGUGCCCCAGGCGAGUUUUGUUCAUUUCUUGAAGUCAAUGUUCCUAUUCUAAAAGAGAGAUUUUGGCCAACUAUUUGGUGUGUUGAAUCACGUGCUCAGACAAUUAUUGCCAACAUUUUCCGAGAACGUCUAUUGCAACAAGUAACUUAUCACAGAGAGGUCCUGGACAUGGCAGAUGGAGGUAUUGUAGCUCUGGACUGGCUUGACGAAGGCUGUUCAGCCAGUGCACCAGUCCUUCUAAUUUUACCAGGGCUCACUGGUUCUAGCCAGGCUGAGUACAUAAGGUGUCUGGUGAAAGCUGCAAACCGUAGUGGAUUUCGAACUGUUGUAUUUAAUAACCGUGGUCUUGGUGGAGUCCAGCUUAAGACUCCUAGACUUUACAAUGCGUGCAGUGGUGAUGACUUGGCAGAAGUUAUUAAACAUGUUAAAGGAAAACAUCCUAAUGUGCCUCUUGCUGCAACCGGUAUAUCUAUGGGCGGGUUGGUUUUGGGAAACUAUAUUUCAAGGAGGGGCAAAUCUGUUCGGUCCCAAUUGGUAGCAGCCAUGCUAAUUUCUGUGCCCUGGGAUUUGUUCAAGGCUUGUGAAAGCAUUGAAAAACCUGGUUUGAACAUGAUGUUGAAUAAACAUUUGGCUGAUUUACUUUGCAAGACCCUGAAAAAACAAAAUCAUCUUGAUUGGGGUAAUCUUGACGAGACUUUUAAGAGUCGCACCAUCCGAGAAUUUGACAGUAAUUUUACUUGCAAGGCAUUUGGAUAUUCUGACACCAAUGAAUACUACACUGAUGCUACUCUACACACAAAACUGCAUCAAUUCCAGAUCCCUACACUAUGUUUAAGUGCAGCAGAUGAUCCAUUUCAGCCACUAAAAGCCCUGCCCUUGGAUGAGUUUAAAAAGUGCAAGAAUAUUGCAGCCAUUGUGACUGCUCGUGGAGGACAUAUCGGAUUCAUGGAAGGUAUCCUUCCACCCUCUUAUCAAGGAAAGGAUGACUAUAUGGACCGCAUACUUUGUCAAUAUUUCAGUGCCAUAUUUAGAGAUGCCGGGAAAAUAAUGGAUAAGCUUGAUACAUAGAAGUGGACAUGUUCCUAUUUCUUCACAAUCAAAAGAUUAAUAUAAAUACCCAUAUCACCAAUUAUUUUCUCAAGGUUAUGAUAUUUCAUAAUAUAAUUUAUACAUACCAAUGUACUAACCAAUUGAUGUUCACGAUACAAGUUUUAUCCUCAUGGUCUUAUCUUCACAUCUCUCUCAGAAAUGUUUUGUUUAACUUGCUGCUCAGUGGAUGCACAUGUCUAUGUUUCCCCACUUACCUUGUUUUCAAUGCUUAGAGAUCAUUGAUCUUAAUUGUCACAUCCAGUAUUAGUUUCCACACUUCACGAUGACUUCAAUUUAUAGAGCUUUGUGCAGCACCCAUACUUGCAUAAAAUUAGUACUAUAGCUUCUGUAAUUUUUAUUUAAUUGAUAGCUGACGUUAUAUGACAUGUAGUAGUAAACAGCUGGAGUAAUUAUACUUCUAAAAACAGUGUGAA